AUGAUCCCCGACUCUCCAUCGCCGUCAGAACUAACGUGCUUAUCCGGGUGUAGCGGCAAGUUCAAAGACCACCCACUAUUUUUGUCCGUGGUUCAAACGCCGUUCAGUCUCUCUGUUUCUGUCUCUCUCUCAAGGUCUCUCUCUCUCUCUCUCUCUCUGUUCCCAAAUUCUGAUGUUUGGCCACUGUCUGUUUCUGUCUGUCUGUCUGUCUGUCUGUCUGUCUCUCUCUCUCUCUCUCUGUUUCCAAAUUCUGAUGUUUGGCCACUGUCUGUCUGUCUGUCUGUCUGUCUCUCUCUCUCUCUCUCUCUCUCUCUCUGUUUUUCGCAAAUUCUGAUGUUUGGCCACUCUCUCUCUCUCUCUCUCUCUCUCACUCUCUCUCUCUGUUCCCAAAUUCUGAUGUUUGGCCACUGUCUGUCUGUCUGUCUGUCUGUCUCUCUCUCUCUCUCUCUCUGUUCCCAAAUUUUGAUGUUUGGACACUGUCUGUCUCUCUGUCUCUGUCUCUGUCUCUGUCUCUCUAUGUUCCCAAAUUCUGAUGUUUGGCCACUGUCUGUCUGUCUGUCUGUCUCUCUCUCUCUCUCUCUCUUUCUCUCUCUGUUUCUGUCUGUCAGUCUGUAUGUCUCUCCCUCUCUCUCUGUUCCCAAAUUCUGA